UUCCUUUUGGAGAAAAAUGCCGAUACGAAGCUGGGGACAGAACAUUUAGCACCAGUAAUUUUAUCGGCGAUAAGUUUGAACCGCUUGAAGUACGUCAAGAAAUUAGUGACAGCUGGUGUUGAUGUCAAUCAGAUUAUAUGUGCAACAGACACAUAUAACGAAUAUAGUGGUAGGCUUAAUGAUGAAGAUAAUUAUAAUACUCAUAUUGGUUAUGAUGUGUAUACACCUCUAGAAUUUGCUGUCAAUCAGAAUGCGUAUGAGAUUGCUGAAUUUCUCAUCAGCCAGGGAGCUGAUGUUCAUGAAAGAGAUUUCAAAGGCGAGAUGGGCGACUCGCCAAUGGGUAUCGCUACUUUGGCCAAUAACGUAGGAAUGAUUAAAAUGCUGAUAAAACAUCUAAUGAAGGCAGCUCUUGAGAACGGUUGCUCAGAAAGUCUUAAGUUUUUGCUGAGUCAACCAUUUAUAAAAAUUAAUUCUUUGACUAAUGACAAGAAAUCUUGUCUUCAUUUUCCAGAGAUUUGGUACAUGGAGUAUUGGAUUGCUGAUGUUGACUAUAGUCUUCAAGAU